AUGAUUAUCGAACCGCGUCGACGAAAGAGUUCUUCGGUGACAUUCUCUGUGCCUGAUGAUCAUCAUCAUCCACCAUACUAUACACAACGAACAUCCAGUUUUGCCGAAUCAGAUUGGGAUUAUGAGCCAACAAUCACAACGAUUAGUCCAACAGCAUUGGUCAUGGCUCGAGCGCUGCGGAGUGUGAAAACAUUUAAGAAGAGCUGGGAUGCAGAUAAAGCUUUAAAAAGUACUUAUCAAGGAAAAUUUGGUUUAUACCAACUUCGUGCUUAUAUUUUCUUGGCUUUUGGUUAUGCGCUUAUCGCAGCAUGGCUAACAGAGAUGCCUGUGUUUGCUUUAAUGAAACCAAAAUCGUUCAAUUGUACUCCCACUUACGUGAAAAGUGUAAAUGUAACAAAAGUACCGCUGAAUGUCUCAAGGGGAAAUGUUCAUCAACUUCCUACUAGUGAAGGGGUACGAAAACUAGCACCAAAAUAUUAUUAUGAUCCCGAAUACGGACGAACGGUCCUUACUUCAUUCGAUGCCUUUUGUGAUCCAAUACGAAUAAAAUUACCGAAUAUCGUUUAUCUUGUUGGUUUAGUUAUCGGCGGUUUAGUAUUUGGCUGCAUCGCUGAUCAUAGUGGAAGAAAGAUGGUUUUAAUUGGCUCAAUGUGGACAGCAUGUGCUAUGUCAGUAUUUCAACUUCUCAGCGAAGAUUAUAUAUCAUAUGUGUUUUUCAUUCUCUUCGUUGGAAUUGCUAUUGGUGCUGUACAAGUAAUUACCGUACCUUAUGUCAUCGAAAUGUUCCCAAUUGAAACGCGAGCGAUUUAUGGUUUAACCUUAACUGCGGGUGUUUUCUUAUUGGAUUUAAUUAUUCCCGGACUUGCAUAUUUAAUAAAAGAUUGGAAAAUUUUACAAGGUGUUAUUUCUGCUCCGAUAGUUAUUACUGCAGUUCUUUAUUGGUUCUCGGAAGAGUCUAUGUUUUGGUACACGGCUCAAAGAGAUUAUGUCACCGCUGUUCUCUCGUUAACGAAAAUCGCUGUUGCCAAUGGAAUCAAUUUCGAAGAAAGAUUUCUUGAAGCACGUGACUUCCUUCGUGGAAAACGUUCGAAAGGAAUUCAAUGUGAUUUUCAACCAUUACUUCGACUCGAGGAUAUCCAGUCCUUGGGCUCAAAGUAUCCCGAUUUCGAUAUGGUAGAUUUACAAGCUACAACGAGUAAAAAGAAAACAUGUACACAGCGUAUCGCACAAGUAUUAACUGGUCAUAACUAUAAUCCAACUCUAUCGACGUUUUACCCUACUGAUUUUCUUCAUUCAACCAUCUUAACUUUAUACUUGCUCAUUAUGUGUGGUCUAUGGCUCGUCAGUUCAUUAACAGAAUAUAGUCUCGAUGCACCACAACUAACUCAACAUUUGACAGAUAAUUUCUUUCUAAAUUAUUUGUAUACACAUCUCAUUCAAAUCGCUUCAUUUGUUGUCGCAUUUCCCAUGGUUUAUAAGUGGGGUCGCCGUUGGCCAACAUUUUGUUUCUUUCUGAUUGCUGAAGUUUGUCUACUCGGUUCAGCUACAGUUCUGAUAAAUACGGAAGAUACUCGUAAUGCAAUGCUUGUCGUCUAUUUUAUGGGUAAAUUUGCGUCACGUGGAGGUUUUCUUGUGAUCUUACUCUAUACAUGCGAAAUAUUUCCAACUGGUUUAAGAUGUACAACACUUGGCAUAUGUUACGCAUUUCGCUUGAUCGGUGUCGCCUUGGCAUCUCCCGAUGUUGCCGGUUUGAACGAUCGAAUGCCUCGAUUGAUUUACGGUAUUUUAUCAUUAGUUCUUGGUGCUAUGGCACUUCUUUUACCGGAAACAAAGAAAUUUCCGUUGCCUCGAACGAUUAUUCAAGUAGAAGUAAUUCCAACAUCGAUUAGUAAGAAAUUUCGUCGUCAACGUCCUGCAGCAGUCAAACAGAAUGUUCGUCCCGAUGGCACACGUCCAGAAGGAGCCCAUCCCUUCAAUGAUGCCGCUUCAUCAGUCUCUGGUAUACGUUCCGUUCGUUUUGGCCCAUACGAUAAUCAAUCCACAUUGCAUAGCGUUUACGAAUUACAAGAGUACGGGCAAGAUGAUACUCUUCAUUCAGUAUCAAGUCGGUAUCCUCGACGAGCAGAUUUACAUAAUCCAUCAAUCUUUCAGCCAGUCGGUGGCGGUAAUGUAGAAGCAUAUCGACAGCAAACACCUAUUGCUGAAGACGCUGAAUAUGAUGAAGAUGUUGAUGAUGAUCGAACACGCUACGCUCAACAACAACGAUUGACUCAACAACAGCGUGCAAGUGAAAUUCCAUUGACUAAUCUACGAUCAGAUGUCGAACUGAACAGUUUAACAAAUGCACCUGUUCAUAAGCAAUCAUCCAAUGAUUCACCAUCCCAAUUAGAAAUAACUGCACAAAUUCAAGGCGGUGAUGUCACAGGUGAACGUAGCGGUAUAACUCGAACAACAUCUUCAAGCGAUGAAACAGCAGAGAAAACAAAACAUGACGAAAGUACAUCUCGGUUGAUCGAUGAAACAGGAACAUUUCCUCCGAAUAUAAGUGAGGACGAGAACUACUUUUCAGAACACUGCUAA